AUGGCACAAGUUCCGGUGGAGAUCUUCGACAUCAUCACGUCUUAUUUGAGCAGGGCCGAGCUCAGGAACCUCCGCUUGGUAUCUCGCGACUUUGAAGCCAAGGUCUCGGCCCAGUACUUUCGCAAUGUCGUGGUCCCAUUCCGAUCCGAGCUAUACAGCGCACUGAGUCGGGAUGAAUAUGGCUCCUUGCGCCAUUCGACCUCUGACCUCUUCUCCAAUGGAAUGCACAUGUUUGAGUCGUUUGGGCCUCAUAUCCUCCGCUUUGCACUCUCUCUCGAGCUUGAUGAAGACUCGCUCGCCUAUCCGCCAGUAAAGCCUAUCCAGGAGGCUGUUCCGGCCUUCUGGGGCAUCUACCGCUGGCCACAUGCAAAUUACCAUAGGUAUACCGAUCUUGAGGGCCUCGAGCAGACCGCUGACGAAACCGAGGGGAUGAGGGCUGCACUUGGGUGUCUGACCAAGGUACAGAAUAUCGGCUUGUGUUGCGAUGCCGGCCUCGGAUUCCUGCUUGGGCCAGACAAGCUGGCACGAAACGCUCGUGGCCAUCACCCUGUGUUUGCAACCGUGGACUGGCGUCGCCAUCAACGAUCGGCUCAAGGCGCCCAUCAGCCUGCCAUCACUGUUGCCGACUUUAACGACGCUUCUCGAGACAAACACAAGUCCAUGUUCCCCAAUCCCAAGGCAUUCCGGAAUACAAUUCUUGAGAGAAUGGCAAAGGAUGCUGGCUACACAGGACGUCAAGUCCCGGAAGCAGUGCGCAUCAUGCUUGACACCGAAAACGUCAAUCUUGCAAAUAUAAACUUUGACGAAAGGUCUACCUCACUCGCCUCAAAUCUUGGCCCUGACGGAGUUCUGGGCCACGUCAUUCCCUUCAACUCCUUCAAGGACGUGGCAAAUUCGCCCUUGAUACCUGCGAAUCUCACCAGAGCCCAAAAAGAGAUGUUGCUUGAGCUCGAAUGGGCACAUCGCGCCAUGAUUCAAUCCUACGUGCUGGGUUUGAUCGAUAACGCUUCCAUUGGCUGUUUCCAGCACGUUACAACAUUGACAAUCGCCAAGGUCCCGGGAAGCCAUGUUCACAUCUUCUGCCGAGAUGACCUUUGGGACGGCAUCCCCACCCUCAAGAACGUAUCAAUUGGCGUCAUUGCUGACUGGCGAAAGAUGACUGUCUCUACGCCCGGAUUUGUCGAGGAUAUCAGUAUAUCGCCUGUUGAAUCCGUCGGCAAGGCUUUCACACUGCUCAGCGCUCACGUCGGCAAGUGCCCCAAUGUCGAGAGCCUUCAUUUUGAAUGGAUAUGCGGCGGUGAAUUUGCGCCAAGCUCGUAUCAGCGCAAUUCAUAUAUCCUUCCCGCCCCCUUUGUCAAUCAACCAGAGCUCAUGGUCACCCCGACGGCCGUUCGGGAUGGCACAUCAAGCUUGCUACAACUCCCCUAUGUGAAGCACCUAUCUCUCAAAAACUGUUGGUCGUCGCCGCAUAUCUUCUUGCAAGCAAUUCGCCAGUUCGCCCUCUCGUCUCUUGAGAAGCUGGAAUUGGAGUCUGUCUCCCUUUCUGGUCCUCCUACAAUCAUACCUCAGGUUGUCCUGGCCCAGGCAGCGGUCCCUGUCCCCGGCCAGGGUAUCAUUGCACCUGAAGAUGAUGAUCCAGAUGUAGAGGUGGUUCAAGGUGGCCUAGCACCCGGGCUCAUCGUGCCGCCACAGUUGACACAACUGCCGCUGCCGCAAUUCAAUCUACCCAUCAAUCCUCCUGGUGAUGAUAAUGCACAGCAUUCGUCAACAGACUGGCUCCGCCAGCCAGAUCUGCUCACAUGGCCAGGGCUGGUCGAUCAUUUCUCUCCGAGUGUGAAGAUAAGGCAACUGUUGGCUGAACAAUCCGAUAGCGACACUGUGUCAGCAGCCUUGGCAGAAAAGGUUGGCGCAGUCACCCAGUAUAUCCCGCAUACUGCCGAUCUACGAGGAGAUGAGCAUAGGUAUUGCCUCAAUACCCUGUCUUUCAAAUCAUGUGGCUACGUCUCGGUUGAUUCAGCUUACUUGAAGACAAGAGAGAUUCUUCCUGAUUCGCACCUUGGACACGGCAUCAUUCACGGUAGCAAUCACGACAGCAAUCACGAUAUUAUGAACCUAAUGCAGUCUUGCAAAGACAGGCUGCUGGCAAACAUCAUCCAGUGUAUGAAAAAAAAGGAACAAGCCGUUCUCAUCAAUGCCUUUGGCAUGUCCAUUGGUUGGGAAAAUCUCUACGACGCGUGGUUGAUCAAUGAUGCCAGGAAGGAUGGGGUGCAAAGACCAGGCGAGGGUCGUUUCAGUGGUCUACUUGAAGCAUACGAUCGUGGCGUAUGGUAUGAAGCGCACUAA